AUGAAGAUUGAUAUGGAAGAACUCUCUGACACUUUGGUGGCCUAUCAGUAUUUACUGGUAGCUCGAGUUCUCACAAACAAAUCUAUGAACAGAGAUGCUUUCAUCGAGGUUUUCACAACCUUAUGGUGUGGGGAACAAGGGGUGUCAAUCAAGGAUAUCGGUGAAUGCCGGUUUGUAGCACGAUUUACUAGUCUUCGUGAUAAGAAAAGGGUUUUAGAUAUGGAACUGUGGAACUUUAGGAAUUCUCUUGUCCUCCUGGCUGAUGUGAAAAGAGGGGACAACUUUCGUACCUUUGAUAUUACACAUGCAGUGUUUUGGGUUCAAUUAUAUGGCAUUCCACCGCUGGAUAUGUCCGUGGCGGUAGCGCGCAAGAUUGGAGGCUUCAUAGGGCGGGUUCUAGAUGUGGAUCAGUUGGAGGGGCCUGACCACAUUGGUGGAUUUGUGAGGGUCCGCAUUCGAUUUGAUGUAACGCAGCCAUUGAUGCGUGGGGCAUUCGUGGAGUUCCCGGAGGAAGGUAAAAAAUGGAUUGAGUUUUCAUACGAGCAUCUCCAUGCUUACUGUUUAAUUUGUGGCUGCCUGCGACAUACGACGAAUGUGUGUGAGGAAAGAAUAAAAGGAGAGCUGAAGGCGGAAGAAAUGCAGGGUGAGAUCACUUUAUUUUAUGGUUUCAGCCAUUUGGAUGUGAAGGACCUUCCCGUGAGGAAGCAUGAAUUUGCCGCAUCGCAUACUGCUUUUGAUUCUGGGAGUCGGGGUGGAGAUGAGGGAAGAAGUGGAAUAUGCCAAAGGGGUGAAGCUUCUUCUGAUGUUAAUGGCAAAACCGGGUUGGGGGAGUUGGAGAAUACGGCUACAUCUCCUUCUAAAACUACGUCAAAAAUGAUUAGUUUAAGGGAGAGGAUCAAGAAGGAGGAAGAUGGGUGGUUUGAUGAGUCAAGAUGGGAAUUGAUUCCGAGGGAUAGAGUCACUGGCUUCACUUCCAAUCAUUAA